AUGAUUAUUGUUAGAAAACAUUUUUGUAUAUCCUCACCGGAGAAAUUCUAUACAGUUUCAGAGAUGGUUAGCACAAAGAAACAAAAGAAGUCCCAAGAAAACAUCGGUGCCAAGUUGGCUCUCGUCAUGAAGUCCGGUAAAUCCCAACUCGGAUACAAGUCAACCCUCAAGACUUUGAGAUCUGGUAAGUCAAAGUUGAUCCUCAUCUCCAACAACUGCCCACCACUCAGACGUUCUGAAAUCGAAUACUACGCCAUGUUGAGCAAGACCAACGUCCAUCUCUUCAACGGUAACAACAUUGAUCUCGGUACUGGUUGCGGUAAGAAAUUCAGAGUCUCAGUCAUGAGCAUCACCAACGAGGGUGACUCUGAUAUCCUCACUGCCUUCGCCAAAUCUUUAGAUAUUAAAUAA